UUUUAAAGAAUGGUCCUUUUCAUUAGGAACUGGUGGAACAAACGACAAAGCUUUACUUGGCAUAAAGUGCUUGUACGAAUUGCAAGAUAUUGAUUUCAUGAAGUCAGUUUCCAGUGAAUUUUUGGCUGGAGGAGACGGAGAGCUGCGUUUGUACGACCUAGAUAUUACACCAAUUGUUUCCACAGCAUUUUUUCAAUUUUUGGGUAAUAGCAAGAAUUUAAGAAGACUUACAUUUAAUAAAUGCGACAUACAGGGCAACUAUAGCUACUGUAAAAUUGAGAAGUCGUUAUUUAACAAUCCAGGUAACACUAUUGCCUCCUUGUUAUGGCAUCCAAUUUCAGAAAUUGAAGGUGUUAAAUAUCUAAGUAAUGCUUUGGAAGGUGAACAUUGCAAGCUUGCUGAAUUGGAUCUCAAGGUUAAAGGUCAUACCGAUAUGACAAAUCAAGCUGUUGAAUAUCUUAGUCAUGCUUUAAACAGUGCAAAUUGUAAUCUUGUUAAAUUAAGGCUCAUUGGUAAUAAAGUAACUGGUCAAAGUGUUGAAUAUCUUAGCAAAGCUUUAGAAUGUGAAGAUUGUAAACUCGAAGAAUUGGAUCUCGGUGGAAAUAAAAUAACAAAUCAAGGUAUUAAAUAUCUUAAUGGAGCUUUAAUAAGUAAACGUUGUAAACUAAGAGAGUUGUACCUCAGUGGUAAUAAAAUAACAGAUAAAGGUAUUGAAGAUCUUAGUAAAGCUUUAGAAAAUAAAAAUUGUAAACUUAUUAAAUUGCACCUUGGUAAUAAUAUAAUGACAUAUCACGGUAUUGAUUCCCGCCUGGUUCAUCACUUGCAAGUAUCUUAGUGAAGCUUUAAAAAGUGGAAAUUGUAAACUUAUUGAAUUGUACCUCGGUGGUAAUAAAGUAACAAAUCAAGGUGUUAAAUGUCUUAGUGAAGCUUUAAAAAGUAAAAAAUGUGAACUUGAAGAAUUGUACCUCGGUAAUAAUAAAAUAACAGAUCAGGGUGUUGAAUAUCUUAGUGAAGCGAAGCUUAUAAAAUCGGUGAAAAUUGUGUUAAACUUAGUGAAGCUUUAAAAAGAAGAAACUUGAAUUGACCUCUAAUAAAAUAACAGAUCAGGGUGUUGAAUAUCUUAGCGAAGCUUUAAAAUGUGAAAAUUGUAAACUCGAAGAAUUGGAUCUCGGUGGAAAUGAAAUAACAGAUCAAGGUGUUGAAUAUCUUAGCGAAGCUUUAAAAUGUGAAUAUUGUAAACUCAGAGAAUUGAACCUGUUUUCUAAUAAAAUAACAGAUGAAGCUGCUAAAUAUCUGAGUGAAGCUUUAGAAAGUAAGAAUUGUAAACUUAUUAAAUUGAACCUCGCUGGUGAUAAUAAUAUAAGACAUCGAUUGAUUAAAUAUCUUAAUAAUAUCUUGAAGAAAACAGAAAAUUGA